CGCAAACUUUAUUCACCUAUUUUUGCGAACACUAGCCUCACCUCAGCGCCCGUGUGUGGCUACAUGGUUGGGCUUUUGUUUUUGCCGGCAUUUAUAUAUUACCCAUCUCCCCGCUCUCUCCUUCCGAUGGUACGUUGCACUUUUUUUCCCUUUUUCUUUUUUCCCAUUUCCCUUUCUGCACAUUGUGUUGUGCAGCCAACUUAAUCGUGUGGCUCUCGCACUUGAGACACAGUUCGUUGUUUUCUGUCUGCCAGCCAGCCUUCGCCGUUUUUGCCUCCCUUAUUUCGGCCAGGCACGCUCGAGAUAAGAGAGAAUUAAUAUCCCCCUUCUUCGUGUUCUGCCCCCGAAUUACCACAAAGUUGGGGGGGGGCACAUCGUCUCUUGGCUCAAUCUUCUCAUCUUGCACCUUUUUUCCUUGAAUAACUUCACUAUGCGGUUGCCGACAAGUUCUCAAGUUUUUCUCACAGCGAUUUCGGUCCUGUCAGGCGUACAAGCUGUCCCAGGCCCGAUCCCCCCCCUCACAGAAAUCAAUGGUCUAGUUACACGCGCUUUCUCGGAUUCUCCCACAGGCGGGUAUGCUCCUGGGAGAGCGAGCUGCCCGUCCGACUCAUUGAUCCAAGGACUUCCUCAAGAAGCGACAACCUAUAACGGAUAA